GGCGGCGUAUUGAACGCGUUACUACUGCAGGCCGUGAACACGUCUUUCAUCACGUGGAGGGGGGGGGGUGUACAUGUGUCGUUAAGCCCGCCGCCACCCGACACAGGCCAAUUUAGUAAGGGUUGUCACGUAUAAAACAGAACGUGACAAAUUCGUAACGUUUUGUGUGUUUGCUCAAUUAAUCGCGUGCUUCGGUAUAGCAGCUUUUGUUCAUAGAGGUUUUCCGGGGGGGGGGGGUGGUGGGGGGAGUUUGUGUACAGUUUUUCUUCUUUUUAAACAAAAAAUAAAAUGUAUUUAUUUACCGGUAAUGCGAUUACUUUGGUCAUCUUCGCCGCGUCGCUAUGCGUCCCGAUUUUUGGAGAUGCCGAUCGCGAUAAUCGCGAUAUCCUCCCGGUUAACCGCAAUGCCGACUCUGUUAACCGCAAUGCCGACUCUGUUAACCGCAAUGCCGACUCUGUUAACCGCAAUGCCGACUCUGUUAACCGCAAUGCCGACUCUGUUAACCGCAAUGCCGACUCUGUUAACCGCAAUGCCGACUCGGUUAACCGCAAUGCCGACUCGGUUAACCGCAGUAGCGACCAUGGGACGGGUUCGUCCUUCGAGGAGUUUGUGUUGAGGUUCGGCAAGAAGUACAGCUCCCAGCGGGAAUACGACGAGAGAUUCGCCGUGUACCAGGCGAGCCUUCGCCGACACGAAUGGCUCAACGCUGCUGCGAGCGCCCGGCACAACGGGUCGCGGUGGCGGCCCCGCUACGGAGUGACUCGCUUCUCCGACCUCACCCCGCAAGAGUUCCGAGAAAUGUUUCUGCUGGGGACGAAGGGCCCCCCUGCUUACAGUGGAGCCUCAGCCCCACCUGGGCCCCAUGUUCAACUCUCUAAUCUUCCCACGCACUUUGACUGGAGGGACAAGCGAGCGGUGACAGCUGUGAAGAACCAGGAGUCUUGCGGCGGCUGCUGGGCGUUUGCGUCCGUGCAGGUCGUGGAGAGCGCCAGCGUGCUAGCGGGGGGCCUCCUGAAGCCGCUGAGCGUCCAGCAGGUCCUCGACUGUUCCAGGGUCAACCACGGCUGCCAGGGGGGUGAUACUGUCACGGCCUUCUCCUGGCUCAAUAAGACACGGUUGCAUUUGGUUCUGGAAUCCGUGUACCCAUUCACUAACAGUGCUGGUCCAUGCCGGAUUUUUACGAACUCCACUCCUGGUGUGGAAAUCAAGGACUUUGCAUCGCACUCCUUCCGCGAUGACGAAGAGGCCAUGAUGGGCUGGCUGGUGGGCCGGGGUCCGCUGGCCGUGAGUGUGGAUGCAGUGAGCUGGCAGGACUACCUGGGUGGCGUGGUGCAGCACCACUGCUCCUCCUCGGCACCCAACCACGCCGUCACACUCACCGGAUACUCGCUUGGUGACCUCCCGUACUGGAUUGUCCGUAACUCGUGGGGCCCGGAGUGGGGUCUCGAUGGGUACAUCUACAUCAAGAUGUUUGAGAACGUGUGUGGAAUCGCUAAUGAGGUGGCCACGGUGACAGUGUGAAGACGUCUUGAAGAAUGGAGGCUGUUUUAUGCAGAGGUUCACUUUGCGUAUCAUGCUGCCACUAUUCACAUGUUUAACUCGGUUAACUAUACAAUACACUGUUAAUUAUAUAGGAGGUGGGUUGGUCAGAGGUCAGAGCGCUAAGCUGCCACUGUUGAGAUCCUGCAAUAAAACUGGGUUCUCGAGUGUAGCAAGUUGAUGCCCUCUGCCUAGCUACCAAUGAAUGUGCAAAAAACCAUGAAAUAUGGUUCUGCGCUCAAUUUGGUGAAGAAUGAAAUAUAUCGGUUUUACUGUAAUGCAACAGACAUUACUAUGGUGAUAUCCAAUUCUACGGGCUGUUGUGUAAUGCAGGGGGUUUCCAAUGGAUUCUUCGUAAAGUGACAUAACACUGACAGCACAAUCGGGAUAAAAUUGGGAAACAGACUUGUAAAAAUAUCUCGCGCUAAAUUGAAUCGUAACUUUAAUCAUUUCUAAUAAACGAAAAGAAAUGUACAAACAACUUAAAACAUUGUCUUCCAAAAACGUAUUUAAAUGAAUGUUAUUUUUGAAAGCAUCAUUGUGCAAAUUACAAUGUUGAUGAAGAUAGUUGUGGCGGAUGGAAUUUUGAUGGUAAUUGUGGUGAUGAUGGUGAAAAUAUACAGUACUCAAGAUACGAAUUUCCGACUUACGUUAUUAUUUUUAAUCAUCCGACUUGCGAACAUUCGAUCGUAUUAUAAACCGAACCACGGAACUAUUUUGUUUGGUGGAGCUGUCCUCUGUGAGAUGCACACCCCUUCCGAUAAGCACGCCAGAAUCAGGACUCAAGGUAAUUGAAAAUAAAACAGAUUUUUUUUUUCGUUUCGUGUUCCAUUAUUUAAUGUUUUAUUUACUAUACAGUAUUUAUUACAGUAUUACAUGCAAAUCUGCAAUAUUUCUUAUUAGUUUCACGAUGUUUUUCAUUUUUUGUUGAAUCAAAACACAAUUUAUAACACUGACUGUACAAUUGAAUACAGUACAGCAUUGAGUCCUGAGAUACGAACAAAUCGACUUACGAACGGGUCUCAGGAACGUAACCCGUUCGUAAGUCAAGGACUGUCCUACAAUUUCAAAUAGACAUGGAUGAGGAUCGUGACAAAUGGAGAUGCUGCAUAGUUGAAGUGGAUGAGAGCUCUCGUGACAGUGGUGGUAAUGGUGGGUGGUAAGAUUGAUGCUAGCUGUAAUGACGAUAGUGGUGAUUGUGGUAGAGGUGAUGAAAUAUGUAAUAUUUCUGAUAAUUUUGAUGAAGGUUUUGGUGGUUAUGACUUGGUUGUGAUGAUGGUCGUGGUGGAGGUGAUGAUGAUGUUGACGGUGACAUGGUGGAGGACGAGUCCACUGUACACAUAAUAAACGUGCCCAGACCCAAUUAUAAGUCUUGCAGUUCUGCUGACUUAUAAUUAUUAUACCCUUAGCUAUUUAUGUGUGCGUGCAAUCACAUUCCUACCUUCAGCAUGACUCGCUAGCCCUUUGAAGUGUCUCAUUCCCCUUUACCACGGUCUCACGGUUAAAUAUUGAUGCCUCUAAAUGUUCAUCUUUUGCCGCACUUGUGAAACCCCCUGUUAGCCCGAGUCUAACCAUUGACAGAGCGUAACUUAACUCACGGAAGGCUCAAUAAAGGAGGAUGCGACAUGAGGCCGCUUCCAGUUUA